AUGGUGGUUUCUCUAUCGUCUUGCCUCACCUCACUCCUUCUGGUAGCAGGAACGAUAGCACCAACUGCUGCCUAUCAGCAUGAGCCUCGUUCAGACCCAGGCUUAGACGCGUGGCGUGCAGCAAAUGAUCGCACAGCGUCUCCCCAACCAUGCCCCGAGUCGUGCCAAGAUAUUGACUCUGACUCUGGCGACUCUUCAUGCUUCAGCUCCGAGCUGGAGAAUUCGGCAAUGUCAAAAGACGAUGUUGCCGCAGUCUGCUCUACGCCCAAUCAUGAUAUAGUCCAGACUUCUGUCACUAUUGGCGAGCCUGCUGACGCCACCGGCAGCGGCAGCAGUGCUUCUCUGGACGACAUUCUCUCUGCGGGACACCAAGUCCAAAACCAUCUGAGCACAAAGGCGCCAUCUUGCACGGAGAAUGUUUUAACAUUUGGUUACUCUCAAUCUGCUGUUGUUGGUCUCUUCGCCGGCGCUGAAGUAUACCAGCAUGGUAUCCAUGCCGACAUCUUGAGCCGCUUUUUGCAAGAUGUGGAAGACAAAAAGACCUCAUCUGAAGUCCAGAUUGUCCAACUCUGCCCUAGCAAUGGUCGUGGAGCUGACUACGCAGUCGGAAUCAUUGUAGCUCCCGCCAAUGAUUUGGAUCUAGUCCAAGAGACUGUACGGACCUGGUCAGAUGGGAGAUGCGUGGCUGGGAACUUUGAGAACUAUAUGACAGUCUCUCUGCGAGUUCCUGGUCAAGUCCAAGGCUCCAACAGCACAAUCUCUUCUUCAUCUCCCUCAUCAGCGCUGUCAGAAGCGGCCCACGUCUGGACAAAGCGUAGACUGGCCGCGAGAGCUACUUGUAAAACCACUACGGUCAAACCUAACGAUGGUUGUGCUGCUGUUGCCACGCGAUGCAAAAUCAGCCAGGCAGAUUUGCAGAAAUUCAAUCCUGCCAAGAACUUCUGCACCACACUUACCUUUUGUUCGACCAUGAAAGCUGGCCAGCCAGUUUGCUGUACCCAUGGAAAGUUGCCUGAUAUUACCCCCAAGCCCAACAAAGAUGGGUCUUGCUUUGUAUAUACCAUCAAAGCAGAGGAUGGCUGUGAUUUUAUUGCUGCGUCCCAUGGGCUUACUAAAGCCAAGAUUGAAGAUCUUAAUAAGAAGACAUGGGGCUGGAAUGGAUGUGGUAAGGUGCUUAUCAAAGAUGCGCAGAUAUGCCUCAGCACAGGAACGCCUCCUUUCCCCGUCCCUGGGACUAAAAAACCGACCUCUGGAACCAGUGACGACUGGGUCAAACUAAAUCCCUGCCCUUUGAAUGUUUGCUGCAACAUUUGGGGGCAGUGCGGCACUACGGAUGACUUCUGUGUCGCCUCUAAAUCGGCGACUGGUGCACCAGGCACAAGCGCUAUCAAAAAUGGAUGUAACAUAGGUAUUUCCAGCUGCGGUAGAGACAUCAUCAAUGGCUCGGCCCCGGCCAAGACAAUGCGAGUUGCCUACUAUGAGUCCUGGAACUCGAACCGCAAGUGCCUACACAUGGAUGUGGACGAGAUUGAUACAACACAGUACACGCAUAUACAUUUUGCCUUUGCCAAUGUCACUUCAACCUUUGGCAUUGAUAUUAGCGGUGCUCAGGACCAGUUUAACCGCUUCAAGGCCAUGCCUAACACCGUCAAGAAGAUCAUCUCCUUUGGUGGGUGGGACUUUAGCACUAAGCCGGGCACUUACAACAUUCUACGCGAGGCCACUAAAGCUGCAAACAGAGCUACUUUCCAGAAUAACAUUGUUGCCUUUCUCAAACAGCAUAACCUAGAUGGUGUUGAUAUUGACUGGGAAUAUCCUGGCGCCCCGGACAUUCCGGAUAUCCCUGCCGGAGAUGCUAAUGCUGGAAAGGACUACUAUGAUACUUUGAGUGCUCUUAAGACAGCCCUCGGCAGCAGCAAGUCUGUGUCACUCGCGGCCCCAGCUUCCUAUUGGUACCUUAAGGCUUUCCCCAUUAAGGAGGUAGGAGCCAAGAUUGACUACAUCAUCUACAUGACCUAUGAUAUACACGGCCAGUGGGAUUAUAACAACAAGUGGACUUCCCCUGGUUGCCCUACUGGCAACUGUCUCCGCUCUCAUGUCAACAUCACUGAGACCAAAGAUGCCUUAUCUAUGAUUACAAAGGCGGGCGUGCCGUCCAACAAGGUCGUGGUAGGAGUCAGUAGCUACGGACGAUCGUUCAAGAUGGCUCAGGCCGGAUGCACAGGACCCAUGUGCCAAUUUACUGGCACCCCAAGAGUAUCAAAUGCGGCCAAGGGCCGCUGUACGGACACCAGUGGCUACAUCUCCAACGCAGAAAUCGAGGAUAUCCUCUUGUUUGGCAAGGUGAACAAGCAGUGGACCGAUGCUGGGUCAGACAUUCUUGUUUAUAACGACACCGAGUGGGUUGCGUAUAUGAAUGACACUACCAAGACAGCUCGGGCUACUCUGUAUGCUUCGUACAACUUUGCAGGAACAAGUGACUGGGCUGUCGACUUGCAAGAGUAUGUGGAUGACUCUGAAGAGGACGAGGGCCCUGAUGACAACUUUGUCGCCGUCAUUAAUGACAAUUAUUAUGCAAAAUGCGACACUAAUUAUACCAGCCUAGACCAGCUUACAGAUAACAAGGGCAGUAUUCCCUACUACUGCAUGGAUCAGUAUAUCGUCGAUGUGGAAAUCCAGAUCUUGACCGACGCGUUAGCCAAGUACAAGGAUCUUGUCAGCAGCGGCUAUGACGAUAAAUUCAAAAUCUACGAGGAGUACACUACCGAGCUGGUCCCCACUCAGAUCAACGCCUUCAUGGGCAACGGCCAUGCCGAUGAUUUCUUCAAGUGUGAAGAGACGAGCCAUAGCACAUGCUGUUCCAGUUGCGAGGUAGUAGCUUGCAGUUCAGUCUGCGACCACUCACCAGACUGCAAGGAUGGUCUUCUUAGCAACCAUGCAAUAACCUGUCCCACAGUCUACAAGGAUGGACCGGAUAAUGUCGACUGGCUCAACACACAGGUGCCCAAUACGACGUACACUCUGAAUGACUCGGAUGGCUUUUACAAGGCCAUCAAUGAUAAUUACGGAAUUGAAAAAGAUUGGAUUGAGUUUGGUGAUGUUGAUAUAAAACUCACAGAGGGCUGUCAGUUCAAAGAGGAUAUCAGGGAAUGUCAGCGAGAACACGAUGAUUGGUUCUGGAACUAUCCUCAAGCUGCCAGCGACAUCAAGGUCUUCAACCCCAAGGACGUGAUUGGCCAAUCGUUUGACAAAUCUCAAGAUUUGCUCGCCAACCUCAGGAUACUACGGGCCAUUGGCUCCCUGGACUCUCAACUCGACAUGGCGGAUGUGGCCGAUGCGGCUUCUCUGCCGGCCUUGACGAUGGCGCUCGCCGUGGCGAGCAUGGAAAAAGUUGUCAAGGAGGCUGAUGAUAUCAAAAAGCAAGAGCGAGAGGAGAUGAUUGCCAACUUUAUCGGCGCCAUUCUAUUCUUCAUCCCCUUUGUAGGAGAAGCGGUGGAUAGUAGCAUGGUUGCUAUCCGCUCUGCCUUGGAGAUGGCUGAGGCUGCGGGAGAGGCUGGUCUGCUGGCUUACAGCAUUGUGCAGGAUCCUAGUAAUGCCUUUAUGGCUGUGUUUAGCACACUGGCGGGUGCAGGCAUGAGCCGUUCGGCGUGGUCAAAGGCUGCUAAUGAGAGGAGAGGGAUGAAGGAGGAUGAUAUCGGAAAGUUGGGGUCGAUUAAGGAUGAUUUGGCCAAGAUUGAUAAUGUCCGUGGAGGAAUGUGCAGGUUUUAAUUACCUUGACAUGAAUGGGAUGUUGAUAUAAUUGAAUGCAUCGAUUCUGACCAGGGGUAAAAUGCCCGCAC